AUGUCCAACGUCCAGACCGGCAAGAAGCAGCGCUCGGCUAUCGCCGACGUGGUGACCCGCGAGUACACCAUCAACCUGCACAAGAGGACGCACGGUGUUUCCUUCAAGAAGCGUGCUCCUCGCGCUAUCAAGGAGAUCCGCGCCUUCGCUACCCGCGCCAUGGGUACCACCGACGUCCGCCUCGACCCCCAGCUCAACAAGAAGGUCUGGGAAGCCGGUAUCAAGGGUGUUCCUUUCCGCCUCCGUGUCCGCAUCUCCCGCAAGCGUAACGACGAGGAGGGUGCCAAGGAGAAGCUCUACUCUUACGUCCAGGCCGUCAACGUUAAGGAGCCCAAGGGUCUCCACACCACCGUUGUCGAUGAGGAGUAA